AUGUUAGAUCCGUCGUCCAGCGAGGAGGAAUCUGAUGGGAUAGUGGAGGAGGAAAGCAAAGAGGCGAUGGCACCCCAGGCCGGAUCCCGCAUCUCUCCAAGCAGGACCAGCGAGAGCUCGGGUGGACUGGCGCCCAGCAGCAGCCGCAGCAGUGCCCGUCCGACCAGCCCGAGCCCGUCAGCCGCCAGCGAGGAGAAGGAGGACUUGGAGAAGCUGCAGAGGGAGGAAGAAGACCGUAAAAAGAAGCUGCAGUUGUAUGUUUUUGUGAUGCGAUGCAUCGCUUAUCCAUUCAAUGCAAAACAACCCACUGAUAUGGCAAGGCGACAGCAGAAGAUAACCAAGCAGCAGCUUCAGCAGACUAAAGAUCGCUUCCAGGCCUUCCUCAAUGGAGACACACAAAUUGUGGCUGAUGAAGCAUUCAUCAAUGCUGUGCAGAGCUACUAUGAGGUUUUCCUAAAGAGUGACCGUGUGGCUAAAAUGGUCCAGAGCGGCGGCUUCUCAGCCUCUGAUUUCAGGGAUGUUUUCAAGAGGCACAUCGAGAAGCGUGUGCGCAGCCUUCCAGAGAUCGAUGGCUUGAGCAAGGAGACGGUGCUGAGCUCCUGGAUGGCCAAGUUUGACACCAUCUACCGUGGUGAUGAAGAUCCACGCAAGGCACAGCAACGCAUGACCGCCAGUGCAGCCUCUGAGCUCAUCCUCAGCAAGGACCAGCUGUACGAAAUGUUCCAGAAUAUCCUUGGCAUCAAAAAGUUUGAGCACCAGCUGCUUUACCAAGCCUGUCAGCUGGACAACCUGGAUGAGCAGGCUGCACAGAUCAGGAGAGAGCUGGAUGGUCGUCUUCAGAUGGCUGACCAGAUUGCCAGAGGUGGAAAGUUCCCCAAAUUUGUGUCUAAAGAGAUGGAGGCCAUGUACAUUGAAGAGCUCAAGUCUUCAGUGAAUCAGCUGAUGGCUAAUCUGGAGAGCAUGCCCGUGUCCAAAGGUGGGGAGUUCAAACUCCAGAAGAUGAAACGGGGCCACAAUACCUCCAUCAUCGACAUGGGCCAGGAGGACGAGAACACACUGUCCAAGUCUGAUGUGGUUUUGUCCUUCACUUUGGAGGUGGUGAUCAUGGAAGUGCAGGGGCUGAAGUCUCUGGCUCCCAAUAGGAUUGUUUACUGCACCAUGGAGGUGGAGGGAGGCGAGAAACUCCAGACCGACCAGGCAGAAGCAUCCAAGCCAACCUGGGGGACCCAAGGGGACUUCACCACCACACACCCUCUGCCUGCUGUCAAGGUGAAGCUGUUUACAGAGAGCACAGGGGUGCUGGCACUGGAGGACAAAGAGCUGGGCAGGGUUGUUCUCCACCCUACUCCUAACAGCCCCAAGCAGUCAGAGCUCCAUAAGAUGACUGUGACCAAGGCUUGCCCCGACCAAGAUCUAAAGAUCAAACUGGCUAUUCGUAUGGACAAACCACAGAACAUGAAACACUGCGGGUAUCUGUGGGCUUUUGGGAAGAAUGUUUGGAAGCGCUGGAAGAAGCGUUUCUUUGUCCUUGUGCAGGUGAGUCAGUAUACAUUCGCCAUGUGCAGCUACAGAGAGAAAAAAUCUGAACCGCAGGAGCUUCUCCAGCUGGAUGGAUAUACUGUGGACUACAGUGACCCCCAGCCAGGCUUGGAUGGUGGCAGGGCUUUCUUCAAUGCAGUGAAGGAAGGCGACACUGUGAUCUUUGCCAGUGAUGAUGAGCAGGACCGCAUCCUGUGGGUCCAGGCCAUGUAUCGUGCCACUGGCCAAUCUCACAAGCCUGUCCCACCCACUCAGGUCCAGAAACUUAACUCCAAAGGGGGUGCCUCAGCCCAAAUGGAUGCUCCCAUUUCUCAGUUCUACGCUGACAGAGCUCAGAAACAUGGCAUGGAUGAGUUUAUCUCCGCUAACCCCUGUAGCUUUGACCACGCCUCGCUUUUUGAGAUGGUGCAACGACUCACGUUGGACCACAGGCUUAAUGACACCUUCUGCUGCUUGGGAUGGUUCAGCCCAGGCCAGGUGUUUGUCUUGGAUGAGUACUGUGCCAGGAAUGGGGUUCGAGGUUGUCACAGACAUCUGUGUUACCUGCGUGAUCUCUUGGAAAGAGCAGAGAAUGGGGCUAUUAUUGACCCCACUCUUCUACACUACAGCUUCGCUUUUUGUGCCUCCCAUGUCCAUGGGAACAGGCCAGAUGGACUGAGCACAGUGAAAGUGGACGAGAAGGAGCGCUUUGAAGACAUCAAGGAGCGGUUGCGUGUGAUAUUGGAAAACCAGAUUGUAAAUUUCAGAUAUUGUUUCCCCUUCGGUCGUCCAGAGGGUGCACUGAAGGCCACUUUAUCUUUGCUGGAGAGGGUCCUGAUGAAGGACAUUGUGACCCCAGUUCCACCAGAAGAAGUUAAAGGAGUUAUCCGCAAAAGUUUGGAACAGGCUGCUCAGCUCAACUACGAACGGAUUACAGAAUAUGCUAAAAUUGAAGGUAACCAGAAAAACACAACCAACGUAGGCCGCUUAGUCACGCCUGCCAAAAAGCUGGAGGAAACAAUUCGCCUGGCGGAGUUAGUCAUAGAGGUCCUCCAGCAGAACCAGGAACACCAUGCGGAGGGGAAAGAGGCAUUUGCAUGGUGGACAGACCUCAUGGUGGAGCAUGCAGAAAACUUCCUGGCCCUCUACGCCAUCGACAUGGACGCCGCACUGGAGAUCCAGUCCCCUGAGAGCUGGGACAGUUUCCCCCUCUUCCAACUGCUCAACGACUUCCUCCGUGCAGACUAUCAUCUGUGCAAUGGAAAGUUCCACAAACACCUUCAGGAUUUGUAUGCUCCUCUGGUGGUUAGAUAUGUGGAUCUGAUGGAGUCCUCCAUCGCACAGUCAAUUCACAAGGGCUUUGAUCGAGAGUCCUGGGAGCCUGUAAAGAGUUUAACAAGUAAUCUGCCCAAUGUGAAUCUACCAAAUGUGAACCUCCAAAUUCCCAAAGUACCAAAUCUGCCAGUGCCAGUAGCAGGACUAUCAGUUAACCUUCCACAAAUGCCUAGCUUUUCUACCCCGUCAUGGAUGGCUGCUAUAUAUGACUCUGAUAAUGGCUCUGGAACAUCAGAGGACCUCUUCUGGAAGCUCGAUGCCCUCCAGACUUUCAUCAGGGACCUGCACUGGCCUGAGGACGAUUUUGCCAAACACCUCGAGAGUCGCAUGCAGCUAAUGUCGAGCAACAUGAUCGAGAACUGCGUCAAGCGCACUCGGAUGGCAUUUGAGUCCAAGCUGACAAAGAGCAGCAAGACCACAGAUUUCCGCAUUUCUCCAACACUAUGCACCAUGUUCAAUGUGAUGGUGGAUGCCAAGGACCAAUCAGCUAAAUUGUGCGCAAUGGAGAUGGGCCAAGAGAAACAGUACCACACCCAAAUUGAUGAACUGAUUGAGGAAAGUGUAAAGGACAUGAUCCAGCUUCUGGUUGCAAAGUUUGUGGCCAUUCUGGAGGGAGUGCUGGCUAAGAUUUCCAGAUAUGAUGAAGGCACUCUUUUCUCCUCGUUCCUGUCAUUCACGGUGAAAGCUGCCUCAAAAUAUGUGGAAGUCCCUAAGCCUGGAAUGGACGUGGCCGAUGGCUAUGUGACCUUUGUGCGCCACUCUCAGGAUAUACUUCGUGAUAAGGUCAAUGAGGAGGUGUAUAUAGAAAGGUUAUUUGAUCAAUGGUACACUGCCACCAUGAACCUUUUGGGGACCUGGCUCACUGAGCGCAUGGAUCAACAGCUGCAUGUCUACCAGCUUAAGAUUCUCAUCAGGAUUACAAAGAAAAAGUACCGGGACUUCCGCCUGCAGGGUGUACUUGACUCCACCCUUAACAGUAAGAUGUACGACACGGUGCGCAACAGGCUGACUUUGGAAGAGGCCACUGCUUCGGUGAGGGAAGGAGGCAUGCAGGGCAUCUCCAUGAAGGACAGUGACGAGGAGGAUGAAGAGGAUGACUAG